CUGUGCGCCGCGUGAUUGAGAAAAAGCGGCAUUCAUGACAAUAAAUGCCAUUUUAUAACCACCGACCCUAAGAAGCUGGAGAAGGGUCAAGUAAGCAGGGAUACAAAGUGCAAGAGUCUCAGCUAUGGGCGAGUCUAAUGGGAGUCAGCUGUCGACGGCGUACACAGGCACAAACGGCUAUCUGCCGGGAUUCCUGGCAGAUCCCUUCACAGACAGCUACAACAUGGACUAUGGAGUGCCGGAGGAUGAGAUGCCUGACACCACACAGGGCUGUGCCUUCUUCGUAGCCACCAUCGUCAUCGGUGUGGUGCUCGUCUGCAUCAUGCUGGUCUGCGGCGUGGGCAACUUCCUGUUUAUUGCCACCCUGGCGCGGUAUAAGAAGCUGAGAAACCUCACCAACCUCUUGAUCGCCAACCUGGCUGUGUCAGACUUCCUAGUGGCCGUGGUCUGCUGCCCCUUCCUGGUGGACUACUACGUGGUGAAGCAGCUCUCCUGGGACCAUGGGCUCCUGCUUUGCGCUUCCGUCAGCUACCUCCAAACAGUCUCCCUGUAUGUGUCCACCAACGCCCUGCUGGCCAUUGCAGUGGACAGGUAUAUGGCCAUCGUCCAUCCCCUGAGACCGCGAAUGAAGCACCAGACAGCCUAUUGCCUACUUGUCAGCGUGUGGAUCAUCCCAGUCCUUAUCUCCAUCCCCUCCGCCUACUUUGCCUCGGAGACCACAUACCCGCACGGUUCCUCCCAGACCAGCAAGGUGUUCUGCGCCCAGAUCUGGCCUGUGGACAAGCAGCUAUAUUACCGCUCCUACUUCCUGUUCAUCUUUGGCGUGGAGUUCGUAGCUCCCGUGCUGACCAUGUCGCUGUGCUACUUGCGGAUCUCCCAGGAGCUGUGGUUCAAGACCGUGCCGGGCUAUCAGACUGAGCAGAUCCGGAGACGGUUGCGGGGCCGCCGGAAGACCGUCGUGGUGCUCAUAGGCAUCCUGACGGCCUACAUCCUCUGCUGGGCACCGUACUACGGCUUUGCAAUCCUGCGUGACUUCUACCCAACAGUGAUCUCACGGGAGAAGAACUCCCUGGUGGCUUUCUACAUCAUCGAAUGCAUCGCCAUGAGCAAUGGCAUGAUCAACACCCUCUGCUUUGUCAGUGUCAGGAACAACACAGUCAAGCACCUGAGGAGGAUCGUGCUGCUUCGAUGGAGGUCCACCUACGUGCCCGGCAAGACUGCCGAGGACACGGACCUCCGGACCUCCUCCAUGCCAGUGACAGAGAUCGACUGCAUUCGUCUGAAGUAGGACUGAAGACUCCUAUCCAAUCUCAGACUGGACACGUUGAAAUAGACGCAUGCAAGUGGAAAGCUCUGUCACCAUGGCAGCGGCUAUGAAACAGAACAUAGAAAAGGACAGUGGGCGGAGCAAAAAGGGGUCAUCUUAUAUUUGCACAGAGGUUGCCUGUGGAGCUCCUUAACUCCUUAGCUGUACAUGGCCUCUGUUUGGCGUAGAUGGCCCUGUGGCAGGUGGAGUGUAGGUGCACGCCGGUGUAAAAACAAAGAAGAGUUAAUGCUUCGAUUUAUACCUUUCUCUAAAAAUUGCAAAGUCUUUUGUGUUUUCUAGGCAGAUGUAGAUGUGCUUCAUGCGUUCUGUCGUUCAGUAUGUGGACAACAUGUUGAGUCUGGAAAUAAAAGAGCUGCAGUAUAUUUCGAGUACUGUGUAUAUUUAUUGUUUAUGUGGAUAGCAGAAACAAGCAGCGAUCUCUGUUUAUUACAGUAGGGGGGGUUUUCUGUAAACGAUACAAGAAAAACCGUCUUAUUCUUCAUGGGUUUAGUGAAUAAUAUACGGAAUUUUCUCUGUGAAAAUGUACUGUGGGACUAAAAAAAAUUGGUAGGGUAAUAAUGUCGAAUGAGCUGAUCUCAUUACACACACUGCGGGUGAUUCAAAUAAUUUAUGAUAUUAGUGGUCUGCUGCUAAUGGUUAGCAGUUACUUAUGCAUACUUGGGUAAUUGUGUUAGCUUUUCUGCAUAACUGGAGUUGGAUUGUGAUGUUUGCUCUGUCUAACUUCUUACAAUUCAGUUUAAAUAUAUUUACAACAUGUGUUUGUUUCAAGUAAUUGAAACUCAAACUUAUUUCCCCGCCAGUCAUUCUGAUUGGAGGGAGCUUGUCAGAGAAAGCUAUUUAAAUUUGUAGCGCUUGGCAAGUUAAAAUAAGCAUGACAGUGGA